AUGAAUUAAAGUAUAAUCUCAGACUAAAUCGAAUAGAUUGAAGAUGAUUGCAUAUUCAUCUCUAAGUAUUAUCUUUAUCAUAAUUAGCAUUAAUGAGAUAAGUUUAACCUCUAAAGUUGUAGAAUAUUAGAUGAUGCCAAAUCACAACAAUUUAUUAACUGAUCAUAUCAAUGUAAGAUCUGUGAGAUAAAUUCCUCUCAAAAUUUAGCCAAAAGAACCUCCAGAAUCCCCAAAGGAGAUAAAAUACUUUAAAAGCGCAAUUAACAUUAGAAUACCAAAUACUUUAAUGGAUUAAAGGAAAAAAUAGUUAUAGAUACCAAAAUGUAGAAUCUCACAUAGAUAUAAAUCAGAAGUAUAAAGAGCACGCCCUAAAUCAGCUUUAAAAAAACAAAGGAACAAUUCUUUUUUUAAAACUGAAAAAUCUGUAAGAUUUAGAAUUGAUAAUCAUUUAAAAUUUUGA